GAGUGGUCUUCGUCCACCUCCCGGGCAACGUUCUGAUUCAUUGUUAAAAUAGGAGCUGUGACCCCGGCAUCCCACCCGGGCACCUCCUGUGCGUGGAAACCCGAGCCGAGGUCUGAUGGUGGAGAAGCCAGGAACCUUCGCCCUGGCUGCCCCAGGGGAGGAUGAGAAAUUCCGCAGCCCUCAGCUGAGAUUGGCAACCAAGGCUUUAUCCCCUGGUAGGCUUUGCAGGAAACUUGCCAGGGGCAGCUGAGGCCGGGUUCCGGGUGGUCCACCAGCCAAUUACCUGGCCCUUGCCUGCCCCCCUUUCUUCCCGGUGGCCACCAUCGGAUCGCAGGAGCUGCCGUGGCCUGACUCAGCCAAUAUGGAGGGGGGUGCUGGGACUGUCCCCUGUGAACACUUUGAGGCCAACGUGCUUGCCCAGGGUUGCUGUCAAAACUGCUUUCACCCCGAGGAGGCCCACAGAGCGAGGAGCCAGGAGCCGGGGAGCCCUCCAGGUGCUGAGGUGCCUUACUGCGACCUGCCUCGCCGCCUGCCUGUCUCUGAGGGUCCUCUCGGUUCCUCGACCUCCGGCUGCCAGUCCGUGGUGGGCCUGGGCCUCGGGCCAGGGCCAGAGAGGGGCCCGUCAGCAGGGUCCUCUGCAGAGGGCCCCACAGCCGCCCCCAGGAGCCAGGGACAAGAGGCAGUGCCCUACCUGGAGGGUCUGGCCUCCUCCCUGAGCGGCAACUUCGACGAAGGCCCCGACUCCGGCACCAGCUCCAGCCCUGAGUGUAACACCCCUGAUGAUCCCAGCGACUCGUCCUCCGUGGACUGGGACACUGUUGACAGGCAGGAAGAGGCUCCCAGCUGGGACGAGCUCACCGUGAUGUUCCCAAGGAAGCCCCAGGAGGGGCCCAGAGCUGACAGUGCCCGAAGGGUUUCAUGUCCCGUCACCCGGGCCCCUGCGGGAGGAGAUACCGCAGGCCAGAGAAAGGAAGACACCUGCAGCGGGAGCCGAAGUGCUGGUCAGCACUGGGCCAAGCUCCGGGGAGAAAGUGGAUACUUCUUGGAGCAGCACCGCUCAGCGCUGACCCAGGCUUCCUGUGCAACGCCACAGAGCGGACCUCGAAGUGCCACCCCCCAGGCUUCCUCUCUCCAUCGUUCUACCCAAAGGGACGUUAUCCAGACUGCUUCCACGCAGGACAACCCCAGGACCUCUUUCACACAGCAAAACACCCCCAGUGCAUCCUCUCCUUCAAGACUUGCCCAACGGGAUAACCCCAGAGCCUCCUCUCCCAACAGAACCACUCCACGGGACAACCCCAGGACAUCCUGUGCCCAACGGGACAACGCCAGAGCGUCCUCUCCCAACAGAACCACUCCAAGGGACAACCCCAAGACAUCCUGUGCCCAACGGGACAAUCCCAGAGCCUCCUCUCCCAACAGAACCACCCAACGGGACAACCCCAGGACAUCCUGUGCCCAACGGGACAAUCCCAGAGCCUCUUCUCCCAACAGAACCACCCAACGGGACAACCCCAGGACAUCCUGUGCCCAACGGGACAAUCCCAGAGCCUCCUCUCCCAACAGAACCACUCCACGGGACAACCCCAGGACAUCGUGUGCCCAACGGGACAAUCCCAGAGCCUCCUCUCCCAACAGAACCACUCAACGGGACAACCCCAGGACAUCGUGUGCCCAACGGGACAAUCCCAGAGCCUCCUCUCCCAACAGAACCACCCAACGGGACAACCCUAGAGCCUCCUCUCCCAACAGAACCACUCCACGGGACAACCCCAGGACAUCCUGUGCCCAACGGGACAAUCCCAGAGCCUCCUCUCUCAGCAGAACCACUCCACGGGACAACCCCAGAACAUCCUGUGCCCAACGGGACAACGCCAGAGCCUCCUCUCCCGACAGAACCACCCAACGGGACAACCCCAGAGCCUCCUCUCCCAACAGAACCACUCCACGGGACAAUCCCAGGACCUCUUCUACCCAAAAGGACAACCUUAAAACCUCUUGUACCCAAUGGAACAACCUCAGAACCUCUUCUACUCAACGAGACUACCCGCAAUCUUCCUCUCGGCGGGACAACCCUGGAACUUCCUCCCCUCGAUGCUCCACUCAACGGAACAAUCCCCGGAAUGCUUCUCCCCAUCGUACUAACAAAGAUAUCCCCUGGGCCUCCUUUCCCCUUCGCCCAACCCAGAGUGAAGGCCCCCGAACCUCCUCCCCAUCUCGCUCCAAGCAAAGUGAGGUCCCCUGGGCAUCCAUUGCCCUUCGGCCAACCCAAGGUGACAGGCCUCAGACCUCAUCUCCCAGUAGGCCAGCUCAGCGUGACCCACCCUUGUCCUCCUCUGGAUCUACUCAGUAUAGCCCACCACCCCGGGCCACUUCCUCUUCCCAUAACCUGGGCCACCACAGUGCCUCCCGGACUUCUUCACCUCUGUACCCUGCUACCCGCGGGGCACCCCAGACCUCUUCUGAGCCCUCCCAGCCUCCAUGUUCUGUGUGUAUUGGGCAUCGGGAUGCUCCUCGAGCUUCUUCCCCUCCUCGCUAUUUGCAACAUGACCCCUUCCCUUUCUUCCCAGACCCCCAUGCAUCUGAGAGUGAAUCACCCCACCACAACCCCCCCUAUAUACCUCCAGCUGUGUGCAUCGGACACCGGGAUGCCCCCCGGGCCUCCUCACCCCCCCGCCACGCCCAGUUUGAUCCCUUUCCCUUCCUCCCAGACACAUCAGAUGCCGAGACUCAGUCCCCCCAGCAUGAUCCUCCUCAGUUCCCCCCACCUGUAUGUAUCGGGUACCGUGAUGCACCCCGGGCCUCCUCCCCGCCGCGCCAGGCCCCAGAGCCCUCCCUCCUGUUCCAGGAUCUCCCCAGGGCCAGCACCGAGAGCCUUGUCCCCUCCACAGACUCUUUGCACGAGCCCCCCCACAUCCCCACCCCUGUGUGCAUUGGGCACCGGGAUGCCCCCUCCUUCUCAUCCCCACCACGCCAGGCCCCUGAGCCCUCCCUUUUCUUCCAGGAUCCCCCAGGGACUAGUAUGGAGAGCCUGGCCCCCUCCACCGACUCUCUGCAUGGCUCCCCAGUGCUGUCCCCCCAAGUGUGCAUCGGACACCGGGAUGCACCUCGAGCCUCCUCCCCGCCCCGCCACCCCCCCAGUGACCUAGCGCUCCUGGCAUCCUCACCUCCGCCGGGCAGCUCCGGGGGCUCCCGGGGCUCGGCGCCCCCUGGGGAGACCAGGCACAACUUGGAGAGGGAGGAGUACAGCAUGCUGGCCGACCUGCCCCCGCCCAGGAGGCUGGCGCAGAGGGAGCCAGGCCCCCAGUGCGGCAACGGGGGCCGUACCCGCAGCCCUGGCCGUGCAGAGGUGGAGCGCCUCUUCGGGCAAGAGCGCAGGAAGUCCGAGGCGCUGGGGGCCUUCCAGGCCCGGGACGAGGGGCGGUCGCAGCGGCCCAGCCAAGGUCAGAGCCAGCUUCUCCGAAGACAGUCCAGCCCUGCCCUCAGCAGGGAGGUAACCAAGCCCCUUGCGAAGCAGGCAGAACCGGCCCGGCGGAGCCAAGCGGAGCCCCCUCAUCCCAGGAGCCCCGAGAGGCGGCCUGAAGGGGACCGGAGGCUCCAGGGGUCCUCGCUGCCCCCGAGGACAUCAGCCCGGACCCCUGAGAGGGAGCGGCGGCCAGAAAGAUCUCUGGAAGGUGGCCGGGCAGGCCCAAGACAGCCUCCGGGGGGCCGGCAGAGUCAGGAGGAGUCUCCAGGUGCCCAGGGCCCUCACAGAUACCUGGAGAGAGGCUGGGGCAGCCUGCCAGAGCUGUGUCCUCACCAGCCUACGAGCCCCCCGGAGAGCUCCAGGGUAGGCCCCGAGACCCCCACCACCACGGGCCGGGGUGCUGAGGGAACAUGCCCACACCGGCAUAGCCCUGAGAGGCGACCCGAGCUUGACUGGAGGGACCUCGUGGGCCUCCUCGGGGCACUCCGAGAGGGGGCCUGGGCCUGCAUGGAGGCGUCGACGCUCGCCUCCCGUCUUCCCAGGCUAGACUGGGAAGGCCUCCUGGAGCUCCUGCAGGCCCGGCUGCCCCGCCAGGACCCAGCUGGACACGGGGGUACCCUGGCCACGGCUUCGGGGCCAGAGGUGGGUUCCCCAGCCACAAACGGUACCCUGGAGCGAGAGCGACAGGGCCAGCCUGACGGCUGGGUGGAGGCCACCCUAGUCAACGGACAGAAAGCUGGGCCGUGGCCCCAGAGCUCUGCCCAGCCACCCAGCCCUGACUACGUCUCCACCCAGUGGCCAAAGACCAAAGUGACACGUGGACCGGAGACCUCGACUAUGGCUAGUCUGGAGGAGAUGGGCCAGCCGGGGAGCAGGAGCCCUGCAGAGGGUCCCAGCUUGCCAGAGUGGGAGUUCCAAUCAGAGGAGCCUGCGGAAUCAGAACCAAGCAAAGGCCAAGACUCACUGACCGACCAGAAGCAGGCAGAUUCGGCAGACAAGAGGCCAGCGGAGGGCAAGGCUGGGAGCCCACUCAAGGGCCGACUGGUGACCUCAUGGCGGAUGCCCGGGGACGUUCCCACGCUGUUCAAUCCGUUCCUGCUGUCUCUGGGGGUCCUCAGGUGGCAAAGGCCGGAUCUGCUCAACUUCAAGAAGGGAUGGAUGUCGAUCUUGGACGAGCCUGGGGAGUGGAAGAAGCAUUGGUUUGUGCUGACAGAUUCAAGCCUUAAGUACUACAGGGACUCCACCGCAGAGGAGGCAGAUGAGCUGGAUGGCGAGAUCGACCUGCGCUCCUGCACGGAUGUCACCGAGUACGCGGUGCAGCGCAACUAUGGCUUCCAGAUCCACACCAAGGAUGCUGUCUACACCUUGUCGGCCAUGACCUCGGGUAUCCGGCGAAACUGGAUCGAGGCUCUGAGGAAGACCGUGCGGCCAACCUCUGCCCCGGAUGUCACCAAGCUCUCGGACUGCAAUAAGGAGAACACGCCGCACAGCACCCAGAAGGGCUCCCUGAAGGCGGGGGAGCAGCGGGUGGGCUCUGAGGUCAUCGGUCGGGGCGGCCCGCGGAAGGCGGACGGGCAGCGGCAGUCCCUGGACUACGUGGAGCUCUCCCCGCUGACUCAGGGCUCCCCGCAGCGGGCCCGCACCCCGGCCCGCGCUCUCGACCGCCCGGCCAAGCAGGAGGAGCUGGAGCGGGACCUGGCGCAGCGCUCCGAGGAGCGUCGCAAGUGGUUUGAGGCCACGGACGGCAGGCCCGUGGAGACGCCGACCGGCGAGGCGCCGCGCCGGGGCCUGGGGGCCCCCCUGACCGAGGACCAGCAGAGCCGCCUCAGUGAGGAGAUUGAGAAGAAGUGGCAGGAGCUGGAGAAGCUGCCCCUGCGGGAGAACAAGCGGGUGCCUCUCACCGCCCUGCUCAACCAAAGCCGCGGGGAGCGCCGCGGGCCCCCGCGUGACAGCCACGAGGCGCUGGAGAAGGAGGUCCAGUCUCUCCGCGCCCAGCUGGAGGCAUGGCGCCUUCAAGGAGAGGCCCCCCAGAGUGCACCCAGGCCCCAGGAGGACAGCCAUAUCCCCCCGGGCUACAUCUCGCAGGAGGCGUGCGAGCGCAGCCUGGCCGAGAUGGAGUCCUCGCACCAGCAGGUGAUGGAGGAGCUGCAGCGGCACCACGAGCGGGAGCUGCAGCGGCUGCAGCAGGAGAAGGAGUGGCUCCUGGCCGAGGAGACGGCGGCCACGGCCUCGGCCAUCGAAGCCAUGAAGAAGGCCUACCAGGAGGAGCUGAGCCGGGAACUGAGCAAGACACGGAGUCUCCAACAGGGUCCAGAUGGCCUUCGCAAGCAGCACCAGUCGGACGUGGCGGCGCUGAAGCGGGAGCUGCAGGUGCUGUCGGAGCAGUACUCGCAGAAGUGCCUGGAGAUCGGGGCCCUGACGCGGCAGGCCGAGGAGCGUGAGCACACGCUACGGCGCUGCCAGCAGGAGGGCCAGGAGCUGCUGCGCCACAACCAGGAGCUGCACGCCCGCCUGUCAGAGGAGAUCGACCGGCUGCGCGGCUUCAUUGCCUCGCAGGGCACCAGCGACGGCUGUGGACGCAGCAGCGAGCGGAGCUCCUGUGAGCUGGAGGUGCUGCUGCGGGUGAAGGAGAACGAGCUCCAGUACCUGAAGAAGGAGGUGCAGUGCCUCCGGGAUGAGCUACAGAUGCUGCAGAAGGACAAGGAGCGCUUCACUUCGGGAAAGUACCAGGAUGUGUACGUAGAGCUGAACCACAUCAAGACACGGUCAGAGCGGGAGAUCGAGCAGCUGAAGGAGCACCUGCGCCUUGCCAUGGCUGCGCUGCGGGAGAAGGAGUCGAUGCGCAACAGCCUGGCCGAGUAAAGGUCCUGGUGGCCCAGCCCCGCAGCAGACGCCCCCAGACUGAGGGGACCAGUCAGUCGCCCUCCUUCCUGCUGGAUGGAAGUCAGAAGCCAAGCUUUCUCCCCGCCCGCUGUGGGCCGCACGUGCACUCGUCCCCACCACACACACGCACACAGGUGCACACACGCGCACACACACACACACACACACACACACACUCUGCAUAUCUGAGCGCGCCCCUCGCACUGGGUCUUACCUUUUGCACCUUCUUCAGGAUUUUAUAUGUGAAGAGAUUUUUAUAUAGAUUUUUUUUCCUUCCCCCCCCAACACUUUAUACUUUGAAAAAACCAAUUCCUGGACGCUGGCUCCCCCUCUGUCUCCAGCCACGGGGGGCUCAGGCUUCUGGGCCCGUGGCCCUGCCCCAGGGGUUGGGGGGGGGGGUCCAGCAGGGGCGCAGCAGCGGCCACGGCAGCGUUGACUCUGGUGGGAGAGGCAGGGAGCCAGCCAGCCACCCUCUUCCUACCCUACCUCCCACUAACUACUUCCUGCCCCGAGGGGCCCACACCUUGGGACUCUGGACAGAGGGACAGAUGGGCAGAGGGAGCCGGCAGCUCCCUAAGGCUUCACCUCCUCCUCUGAGGGGGUGCUGGGCACGGAACCACUGGAGCCGCCCCAUGAAGGCGUUUCUCUUCUGCUCCAUGAGCCUUCUUAACUUAAUAAAAUAUUCCCGCGGC